CCUUUGCAGAAAUGUCAUGGUUUUUCUCUGACGUCUUGAAGGUCUCCGAAUUCGACCCUUUGACCUUCACCAGCGUCAUCGAGUGCGAGAGGCCCAACAACGACCUGAGCCGGUUCCGAGGCUGCAUCAUUAACAACAAUAACAACAACAAAAAUAAAAGCCUAAUUUUACUUGGUUGCUCCCUGCUGGGCACUGACUUCCGCGCCCCCCUCCUCCUCUCCGCACCCCCCCACCGCCGUCCCCCCACAGGACACGAAACGAAGGCGCUGCUGAACAACAGCGGCCCCCGCUACAAGCGCAGCCUGCUGGAGAGGCAGAUGAACUGCGACGUGCUCUGGUGUGUCCUCCUCCUCGUUUGUAUGUGUCUGUUUUCCGCCGUCGGGCACGGCGUCUGGGUGCGGCGGUAUCAGGAGAAGAAGGCGCUGUUUGACGUGCCCGAGGCGGACGGCGGCUCCUUGUCCCCGGUCACCGCGGCGGUCUACUCCUUCCUGACAAUGAUCAUCGUCCUGCAGGUGCUGAUCCCGGUGUCGCUGUACGUGUCCAUCGAGAUCGUCAAGGUGUGCCAGGUGUACUUCAUCAACCAGGACGUGGACCUGUACGACGAGGAGACCGACUCGCAGCUGCAGUGCCGGGCGCUGAACAUCACCGAGGACCUGGGCCAGAUCCGGUACAUCUUCUCCGACAAGACCGGCACCCUGACCGAGAACAAGAUGGUGUUCCGGCGCUGCACGGUGUCGGGGAUGGAGUACUCCCACGACGCCAACGCCUUCAGCAGCCCCAUGGAGAAGGACAUCACGCCCGACCCCAAGCUGCUGGAGAAGGUGAGCGAGUGCGACCGGUGCCUGGCCGUCGCGAGGCACCAGCAGCACCCGCUGGCCCGCCUCUCGCCCGAGCUGUCCGACGUCUUCGACUUCUUCAUCGCCCUCACCAUCUGCAACACGGUCGUGGUGACCGCCCCGGAUCAGCCCCGACAGAAGACCCCCAGGCGGCAGCCGUCGGGGGCCAGGAUCGGGGGCCGAUCCUGCCCCUCCUCCCCAGAUGACGCCAGGGGGAGGCAUCAAAAAAAAAUCCGCAGCAAGACCCAGAAUUACCUCAACCUGUACGCGGUGGAGGGCCUGCGGACCCUGUGCAUCGCCAAGAGGGUGCUGAGUAAGGAGGAGUACGCCUGCUGGCUGCAGAGCCACCUCGAGGCGGAAUCCGCCGUGGACAACCGCGAGGAGCUCCUCUCUCAGUCGGCCAUCCGCCUGGAGACCAACCUGCACCUUUUGGGUGCCACUGGGGUCGAAGACCGCCUGCAGGACGGCGUUCCCGAAACCAUCGCCAAACUGCGCCAGGCGGGCCUGCAGAUCUGGGUCCUCACCGGCGACAAGCAGGAGACGGCCGUGAACAUCGCCUACGCCUGCAAGCUGCUGGACCAGGACGAGGAGGUCAUCACCCUCAACGCCGACUCCCAUGGCCCCGGCCCCUGCCUGAGCCUGGUGAUCGACGGGAGGAGCCUGGCCUAUGCCCUGGAGAAGAGCCUGGAGGACAAGUUCCUCGUCCUGGCCAAGCAGUGCCGCUCGGUCCUGUGCUGCCGCUCGACGCCGCUGCAGAAGAGCAUGGUGGUGAAGCUGGUCCGCAGCAAGCUCCAGGCCAUGACCCUGGCCAUCGGAGACGGAGCCAAUGAUGUCAGCAUGAUCCAGGUGGCCGACGUGGGCGUGGGCAUCUCCGGCCAGGAGGGCAUGCAGGUAAGACCCCUCGGGGCUGUCCCGGGAGACCGGGUGGCUCACGGUCCCCUCAAGCCUUCCCAGGGGGGAGGGGGCUCUGGCCGACAGAGCAUGUUCGUGGGCCUCCUCUUCUGGUUCCAGUUCUUCUGCGGCUUCUCGGCCUCGGCCAUGAUCGACCAGUGGUACCUGAUCUUCUUCAACCUCCUCUUCUCCUCGCUCCCCCAGCUGGUGACGGGGGUGCUGGACAAGGACGUGCCGGCCGAGGCGCUGCUGGCCCAGCCCCAGCUGUACCGCAGCGGCCAGAACAUGGAGGUGAGGCCCCCUCCCGCCCACCUCCUGUCUCCCUCCCGCCCUGUCCGCUCCCGGCCUGGAAAGUGCAAGUCCCCAGGGACCAAUU